GACCGGUUGUUGAGAGUAGUAAUGAUGAGGGGGAGGGGGAGGGUGGUGGAGGUGGUGGUCAGAGAGCGGCCAUGUAUUCCACUCCGCUUCUUCUCUUCCUUAGCGCUGCUAGCAGGGCCGUCGUUACCGUCGCGGCGCUCCUCAGGUGGCGGCUAUUAUGGUGCGCCUACCACCAACUGCAAUGCAUCCUCAGCAGCAGCUGAGAAUGCUAAAGUGAUCGAUAACUUCAUUGACCACUGCUACCGGGGGGACCUCCCCAGGGCUAUGAAAGCAUUGGACUCUAUGCAACAGCGCAACAUCUUUGCCCACUCCCUUGCUUACUCCCACCUCAUCAAUUGCUGCGCGGCUCGCCGUGCUAUCGAACAUGGGAGAAGCAUCCACCGUCACGUCUUCUCCCCGGGAUAUCGCCCCAAAACGUUUCUUCUCAACCAUCUCCUUAACAUGUACGUCAAAUUCAGGCUGCUUCCCGAAGCUCAAGCCCUGUUCGACCAAAUGCCUCGCAGAAAUGUCAUCUCCUGGACAACCAUGAUUUCCGCUUAUGCUGCUGCAUCCUCCCCGCCCCUCCAACGCAGGGCCUUGGACCUCUUGAUUCUGAUGCUCAGAGAUGGGGUCUGCCCCAACAUGUUUACUUUCUCUUCGGUUUUGAGGGCCUGCCAUGAAUUACAGCUUCUUACUCAGAUUCACUGUAGCAUUAUUAAGGUUGGUCUGGAAUCUGAUGUCUACGUAAGAAGCGCUCUGAUUGAUGUUUAUUCCAGGUGGGGUGAAAUGAGUUCUGCCCUUUGCGUUUUUGGCGAGAUGGUAACCCGUGACCAGGUCGUUUGGAAUUCCAUCAUUGGGGGCUUCGCGCAGAAUAGUGAUGGUGAUCCAGCACUACAUCUUUAUAAAAGAAUGAAGAGAGCUGGCUUUCAGGCUGAUCAGUCGACACUGACUAGUGUUCUGAGAGCUUGCACUAGCUUAGCUCUCCUGGAAUUAGGGAGACAACUUCAUGUUCACGUGCUCAAGUAUGAUCAGGACUUGAUCCUGAACAAUGCACUCCUCGACAUGUAUUGCAAGUGUGGCAGCUUCAAGGACUCGGAUUCUAUUUUCAGUCGGAUGGCGGAUAAGGACGUGAUUUCAUGGAGCACCAUGAUCAUGGGCUUGGCGCAGAAUGGUUUUAGCAGGAGAGCUCUGGAAUUAUUUAAGGCAAUGACGGUCUCAAAGAUCAAACCAAAUCACAUUACCAUUUUGGGAGUUCUGUUUGCUUGUAGCCACGCCGGAUUGGUAGAUGAUGGACGCUACUACUUCCGUUCCAUGAAGAAGCUAUAUGGGAUUGAUCCAGGAAGAGAGCAUUAUGGUUGCAUGGUUGAUCUUCUUGGGAGAGCUGGGAGGCUUGACGAAGCCGUGGAACUGAUUCACAAAAUGGAAUGUGAACCGGAUGCUGUGACAUGGAGAGCAUUGCUCGGUGCUUGCAGAGUUCAUCGUAACAUGGACCUGGCUGCCUAUGCUGCCAAACAAAUAAUUAAGCAUGACCCAAAUGAUGCGGGAACUUAUAUAUUGCUGUCUAAUAUUUAUGCGAAUUCUCAGAGAUGGGAUGAGAUAACAGAAGUUAGGAAUGCUAUGAGGCAUAAAGGAGUCAAGAAAGAACCAGGAUGUAGCUGGAUUGAAGUAAAUAAAUGUGUGCACGCUUUCAUAUUGGGAGACAAUUCCCACCCACAGAUUAUCGCUAUUAGGAGGGAGUUGAAACAGAUAAUCCACAGGUUAAAAGAGAUGGGUUAUGUUCCCGAUGCAAAUUUUGUCUUGCAAGAUCUCGAGGGGGAGCAGAUGGAAGACUCACUCCUCUAUCACAGCGAAAAACUGGCUAUGGUAUUUGGAAUUAUGGCCUUGUCCAGUGGGAAGACCAUUAGGAUCAGGAAAAACCUGAGGAUCUGCGGGGACUGCCAUGAUUUUGCAAAACUUUUGGCAAAAAUGGAGAGUCGAAGCAUCGUUAUCAGAGAUCCAAUUCGCUACCAUCAUUUCGAGGAUGGACAUUGCUCUUGCGGGGAUUAUUGGUAGCUCAGUAUGUGGAACGGCACUUUUGUAUUUGCUGCUUGUAUCUGGAAUACAAAAAUGUAAGAGGCGUGGCCGCAUGUCGUGGAUCGACCAAACGAUUAUGUUGAAGAUCACAAUGGCUUUCGGUUUUUGCCAAUUGCCAUGUUAAAGUCAGCAGAGCACAUAGUUUUUCAGGAACUAGAAGGCAGCGAAGAGAUUAGCAUCACUGACCUAACGAGUGAAGAUCUCUACAUCUGCGCGGCUGCACUCUUGGAGCAUGAUAUUAGCAUUCCUGACCUAAAGGGUGCUCUCUAAUUGACUGGCUUGUUGAAGUACGUAAACCUCCUUAAUUCAGGAUUGGUCCUUAAAAAGAGGGACAAACCUAAAACAUGGGAAAUGAACGCAUGAGAAGAAUCAGAGAUGAAUAUGGAGAAACUCAACUCCAAGAGGACAAGCUACCCGCAAUUACAACUGCACGUGCUUUUACCUGAGGUAAUUCGCCAUAUUGGUUUCCUAAAGUAAUUAAACUGGGCAAAUGUACAUGUAGAAAACACAUUGACUUGAGCUUCAGCAAGGCUGAAAUCAGGAGUUCCACUUCGGCGAUAGAAAUGAUUGAGAACAGGUCGUAUAAAAAAAUUGUUCCCUGCCCAGCUCCUCCCAGCCAAAAACAUCAAUAGGUCUUUUGUUGCCUGCUCGAAUUUGUUCCCCAAGUCAUUGUUUCUGCAUGUAAAUGUACUCAAAAUGCAAUCCACCCAAACCCC